AUUUUUCUAUAUAACUCAACUCCUCAUCUCUCGCCUUGGUUACACACAACACAGUUUCCACUUUCCACUUUGACUGUACCAAAGUCACGCUUGCUCCCUCUCUCAACGGCUUCCCUCUUCUUCCUCUCUCUCUCUCUCUCUCUGGACACACACAUCCUUGGUGUUGAACGGGUUUUUGGGUGAAGGAGUAGUGUUGGUGGCUUCAUCUUUUAGUGAAUAAGGAUACAGCAGCAUGCGGUGGUGGCUUACUCUCUCUGUUGAUGUAUACCGCAAAGUGAUUUCCUUGAAUCUGUAUUGCAAAGUUAUUCUGUAACUCUUAAGUCCCUUUUGAUCAAAAAACCUUUUACAAUCAUCUCACUCAUCUCUUCCUUGCCUUGAAUCAAUGGGAUCCAAUUUUUUUGUUGUUGUUCCUUGUUAUGUCCGUCAGAUCAGCUGAAGAAACCCACCCCCAGCUUGUUUCAACCUCUUCUUUUCAACUUAGCCUCUUUAAACAUUUUAGUUGUCAUUAGUUUCUAGCCUUUUUCUCCUUGGGUGUCUGUAGACAAGUCAAAUUAGUAUCUUAGUUUUGUGUAUUGUUAAUUUUUUCAUAACCGGUUUCACUACUCAAUUUGGAGGGUUCAGACUUCAGAUUCAUUGUCUCUGGGAACAUAGUUGUUCUUCCAUUUUGAAGGGUUGCAAAAGUAGUUAUGGUGUGCCAAGCAGCGAGUCAAACCAGAUUUCGGGCAUUGAAACAUGAGAAUGGAACUGCAGGGAGCUCCACCAUAAUAGUUAGGGUUAUAGCAUGCUUCCAACCUCUCACAGAUUGUCAGGCUGAAUACUUCCGUCAUUUGCUCAAGCCUGUCACGUAAUAGUUUUUUGCUUUGUUCGUUUUGGGUUAAGCUGGUGGUUUAGUUGUUUUCCUUGUUGGCGAAAGAGUUACCAAUAGUAAAAGAUAGCACUUGUGUUUGAAUCGUUUUUCUUCAGGUGAUUGUUGUGGUUGAAUGGGAGAAGAUUGCAGAACCUGGAUUCCGGAGCUGCAUUUUGAUUGGCAAUCUCCUAAUUUGAGCUCUUUCGAUGCUGCUGCACCCUUUGGCGCCAGGAAGCAAAGUGGUACUUCUGCAGCUAUGAAUCUGGGUGCCAACGUGGUCACGAGUAAUGCGGCAAUGCCAGUUUAUGCAUCCUCUGCACUGCCUGAUUCGCAGUUAGGACAUUCUGGUGAACCUCAUGGUUGGUUUUAUUGUUUGCCUCGCUUUCGACAGGGAUUUACUAUGCCUGCUCGUAACUUCAAUGCAAAGGAAAAACUCCCUGCUGGCCACGCGAAAGAUUUAGGCGAGGAAAUUGCGCCGAAUGGGGAACUGGGUUUCCCUCAGAAGCAAUUCCUGGUUAUUGAUCAAACGGGUGAUCAAACAACUCUUGUUCAUAGUUCAAGGUUUGGGGGUCCUCUUGCUUCCUGGAAUUCAAAGCUGCAUGGUUUCAACAAUUUGAACAAUGGGAAUGAAUUGCUUAAUUUAAGGAGAGAUGUGAAUCAUGUGGUUGGACUUGGACCAACUUUGAACGAUAAAGUUGAUGAAAAUCAAAGAACUGAUGAUGACAUUGAAAGCGAGAUGCAUGAGGACACCGAGGAAAUCAAUGCAUUGCUUUACUCUGAGAGUGAUGGUUAUUCCACUGAGGAUGAUGAUGAUGAUGAAGUUACUAGCACAGGACAUUCACCCAGUACAAUGACCACACACGAUGAUAACCAGGAAGAACCGGAUAGGGGAACCGCCAAAGAAGUUGCUAGCUCCGUUGGAGAAACAAAGAAGCGAAAACUAUGGGAUGGUGCUUAUGACGACGGCGAUAUGCAGUUCAUGGACACUGCUAAUUCUCUGAAUGGGAAAAGACUCUCCGAAGUUGGAGAUGAUGCCGAAUCAAAAUGCUCCAGUGGUGGCAACGGUAGUAGAGGGUUAGGUGAAAUGGGUUCCUUGUCAGGCAAUAAAAAGAUGAGAAAGGAGAAGAUUCAAGAUGUUCUGAGCAUUCUGCAAUGCAUAGUUCCUGGUGGAAAGGACAAGGACCCAAUUGAGCUUAUUGAUGAAGCCAUUCGUUGCUUGAAAUCAUUGAAACUCAAGGCCAUAGAACUUGGACUUGAUGCUACUAUAUAAGUUUUGGAUAAUUGGAAAUCAGCAUAAUUUUAUCACUUAUUUAGUACGUUAUCUUUGUGUUUUUGGGUUGUAGAAUAAACAUAGGUAUGAAGGGUGUUGUGGUAGUGGUGAGUGUGAAUGAAUGUGAAAUGAAUCCCUUGAAGCCCUUCAAUUAUUAAGUUGGAAGAAGAUAGAGAAAUCAGGUGGUUUUGAGUAAUGGUAGUAGUUUGUGUGUGAAGAAAGAGGUGAGGUAUUAUGCCGCAAUAAAGGAAAAAACAAAAAUGAAUGAUUAGUCCAUGUCUUGGGGGUUAGAGAAAGUAGCACUAACGCGGGCAUGGGGUGUGUGAGCUGUAUUUUUUUUUUUUUUGAAUGAGAAGACCACUGGUUUAUCCAAAAAAGUAACCCAAAAACGAGAGUGCACGCCUCUUGGCUGUUAUGGGGCCCCCAACCUCACUUCCUCUUUUUGUAACCCUGUCGUGUUUAAUCCUUUGUGGGUUUGCCUUUUCUCUGAUGUAGAAAUGAUCACUAGCAGGGCUAAAGCACCCUUCCCUUUAGAGAGAGAAAUUGUGACAACUUUGGCUAAAGGGGGGGCCCUGCCCUUGUCCAUUUUUAUACUUGACGGAUGGCACAGUAAUGUAACAACACGCUUGUGGGAAAACACUGAUUUUCGUGUGUUUUAGUGCUAUUGUUAUUAUGGGCCUUCCCUUGGAGGGUGUAUGGACUUGUUACAGAAGAAGGGAAGGGUGAUAUCUUGGUCGGAUGUAAUUUAAUGUGGUUGGUGCUACUGUUGUCUUUUUGCCUAUGUAGUUACGUCGCAUGCACGCAUUUAAUGAUAUGAGAAAGUGAUGUGCUGUUUAGAACUUC